GAUAAGUUAACCGGCGUUUGUUAGUUUUCGUCUGUUUGUUUUAUUCGUGUGUUUGUGUGUGAGCCCCAUCACCCUGCCCUGGCAUCCGGCCAGCCGGUCGAACCGGGCCGAGAAGAUGAGCAGGUCGGGCCGAGAAGCUGAGCUGGCUUGGCCGAGUAGUCGAGCUAGCGGGGCUCAGGAGGCCGAGGAACUGAUUAAACCAGACCGGGUAGCUGAGCUGGCGAGGCUAAGGAGGCUGACUAGCUGGGCGGACGCAGUUCUUACUCUGGGAAUUAGCUCCAUUCAAAUAAUAGUUAUAUAUAGAGUAAAGCUCAGUGUAGAGACCUACGGUGAUGUGAAACUUCAAAAUAAAAUUCAUAAAAAGAUAAAUAAAACAACUCUAAAUAAAGACUGGGAGUACUUUUAUAACUCCUGGGCAGGUAUAAAGGUGGCGGGAGUCCCCAGUAAUGUCCAGUGAUAUAGACGAGGACUCCAGUGAGGUUUACUCCGCCCCCCGGAGGGGAGUACACCCUGUGGAGGAGUGGUCCGACGGAGGAAUGAUCCACUCCUACGUCAACCUAGUAGAUAGAGGAGAAGAUGAAGAGAAACCAGCCCUGCCUGCCAGAAGAGAUAAGCAAAGGAAUAAAUCUGGAAGUCAGAGAAAACCCCGCAGCAAAGAUCGAGACUCCGAGAGACGGGACGGAGAGAGAAGAGAGACGGACGGAGGAGAAUAUGAACGGAUAAAGGAACGGGAGAAAGAGUUGGAACGAAUUCAUAGGAGAAGCAGAGAACUGAUGAUGAGUCCAAGACUAGCUGAGUGCGGGAGCAGGGAGGGGAGCCUGGAAAGGAGCAGGAGGAGGGGCCUGGAUCAGGGGAGCAGAGAUGGGAGCCUGGAGAGGAGCAGAAAGAAGGUUCUAGAACAACACUAUAGGAUGUCAGCAGGACCACAGUUCAACCCAACUAAUCAGGCUCAUUUUAACCAUCCCCCACCACCCUGCCAUCCUCCUCCACCUCUACCUUCAACUAAUGUACAUAACAGAUAUAAGUCUCCGUCCCCCGCCACGCAGGAUCUCUCUGGGAAACCUGGACUCCGACGGCGGGUUCAAUCGCCGAACCGACGGGAUUACAAGGAUUUCUCCGCCCGGGAGUUCAGAUCUCCGCACCGAACCACGAGCAGGUUGACUGACGAGGAGGAGGAUUCUGGAGCUGACUCUAUGAAUGAUUUUAUAUCCAACCAUAGCUGCAGGUCUCCUCUGCACUCUAACCACUCCUCCCACUUGGCUCUUGUACCGUACGAUCCUCGGAGCAGCUGUAGAACUUGUUAUUCUAUGUACCCUAGUUCAGGAUACCCUGGCAACCACUACUGUACUGCGUGUAUGUACCUUCCCCAGAAUAUGCAGGUUGCGCUCAAUCCUUCAGUAGAAGAAAGACUUUUAGCCUUGGAGGGAGAUAAGGAUCAACUUCACUUACAGGUUGCGUUGUUAUCUGACCAGCUGGACUCUCAGACGGAUAAGAUCACGGACUUGGAGAGGGUGCUGGACAACAAGAAAGAGAUGCUCAGGACCACCGAGGAGGUUUUGCAGAGGGAAAUUAUCAACAGGUCCUCGCUUGAAACCCAGAAGCUUGAAUUACUCUCGGAGAUUUCUGGACUAAAGCUGCGGCAAACCAGUACGGAGAAGGAGAACUCUGAACUCAGGAGAAGGUUGGCUAAAACUCUUCAGCUCUCCGACUCUGGGUUUGAUGGAACCAGGAGUCUUCCUAGACGUCCUACUUAUAGGGAAUCUUCUUUAAAUACUAUUGUACCACCUCAACCUUCUCAACCUUCAGUUUUCCGCCCAGUUCAGAUGCAGAAUGUCAGUAGGAGUAAAGGAGAGAGCAGUAAUAGUCCAACACGUGGAGAUACAAGGUCGUCUUUCUUCUCCAGAUCUAAUAGUAUCAGACACAGUUCUGUUCCAAGUACCAGGCAUAGAGAUCCAAGCACAGACAGGGGCACAGAUACAGACCAGGCUCCUAUUGCAACUAAACCACGUGGUUUAAAGAAGAUACUGUGUAAGAUGAGAAGAGCUAAUUCGGGACAUAUUCCACAGGAACCUAAACAGGAUUUUGACAAAGAUCAGCAUAGAGCAAGUGCAGGAAGUAAAAUAGCCUGUGGUUGGGAGGUUCAAAGAACUGUUGGUCUUCUACAGCCUGACCUCCCUUUCGAACAGUGGUCAAUUGACCUCCUCUGUUCAUGGUUCGACAACCUCGGCCUGUAUAUGUACAGCAACGAGGUCAGGAGGCUGAUUAAAGAUGGAGCCCAUUUGGCCUCUAUGUCCUCGUCAGACCUUGAGAACAAACUUGGAAUCAAACACAAUCUUCACAAAAAGAAGCUGAUGCUGGCCAUCAGUUCUAGACUCCAGGUAGAAGAUGACCCAUGCAGUAGGCUGGACCAUCAAUGGGUCACUAGAUGGUUGGACGAUGUAGGAUUACCGCAGUACAAGGACAGCUUCCUAGAGGCCAGAGUGGACGGAAGAGUACUAAACUAUCUCACAAUAGAUGAACUCUUCCAACUAAAAGUUACCAAUCAGCUUCAUCAUCUCUCCUUGAAGCAUGGCAUUGAUGUACUCCGGAGCAACGGGUUCGAUCCGUCCUGUCUCAAGCGGAGAGGUAUACCCGGAGAAAGAGAAAGUCAGAUAGUCCAUUCUGAUGUUGUCUACUGGACUAAUCAUAGAGUGAUGGAAUGGUUGAGACAAGUUGAUCUUUCAGAAUAUGCUCCGAACCUUAGGGGUAGCGGAGUACAUGGAGCACUCCUAAUCCAGGAAAACCGGUUUACAGCAGAAUUAUUAGCUUCUCUACUCUCUAUACCAACGAGUAAAACUUUACUUAGAAGGCAUCUUUGUUUACAUUUUAAAGAUCUGGUUGGGCCAGAUGUUAUUCAGGUGAAAAAUUAUUUUACUAAUAAUAUUUACAUUUUUUAAAUAAAGACAUAUUAG